AUCCACGUGACGAUUUGCUAAAAGACGAUGAGACUUCUCAACAACUUCCCCAGAGGGUGAGAACACGGAACUGAACAUCGAGUAGAGAAUCUGGUGGCUUUACGGAAGAUCAAAUCACAGACAGAAACAAGGCAAGGAAGAAGCAGCUGCCAUUUACUGUAAUGCCAAGAUGGAUGUGAAAGAGGAGAUGUGUGAGGCUGACAUAAACACCAUGGAGAUAAAUAUUAAGAGUGAUGACUAUGAAUGGAAGACUGUCCACCCUAACCAGGAGAGUCUAGGCAUUAAGAGUGAGGAUUAUGAACUGGUAACUGUGGGCAUUAAAGAGGAGGCCGAGGAGAUGUCUGUCAGCAAUGAGACACAGAAAUGCAAAAUCACAAAGAAUGGUGUCCUCAAGGUGAAGUCUGAAUUGCUACCAUCUGACACACAGAGCGCUGAGGAAACCUCAUCUGUUAGAACUCUAGAAAAUCAACCAUCACCUUCAUAUUGGUCUGAAAUAAGAGACAAACCUCACUGCUGUUCUGAAUGUGGCAAACGAUUUUCUCAUUUAAGAAAGCUGCGGAUUCACACAAGAAUUCACACUGGAGAGAAGCCGUACAGCUGUUCUGAAUGUGGCAAACGAUUCUGUCGCAGGAGUGCUCUUCAUGGACACAAUAAAAUACACACCGGAGAGAAGCCGUAUUGCUGCUCUGAAUGUGGCAAACAGUUUUCAGAAAGUAGCAGUCUUAAGAAGCACAUAAGGAUUCAUACUGGAGAGAAGCCAUAUCGCUGUUUGGAAUGUGGCAAACAGUUUUCAGUGAAGAGCAGCCUUAAGGUACACACAAGAACUCACACUGGAGAGAAGCCAUAUUCCUGUUCUGAAUGUGGCAAACAAUUUCGUGACAGGGGUUCUCUUCGGUACCACACUAAAAGUCACACGGGAGGGGAGACAUAUUGCUGUGCUGAAUGUGGAAAGCGAUUCUCCCAAAUCACCAGUCUUCAUAUCCACACCAGAGUUCAUACUGGAGAGAAGCCAUACUGCUGUUCGCAUUGUGACAAACGAUUCUCUGAUAAGAGUGCUCUUCGGAGACACACUAGACUUCACACAGGAGAAAAUCUGUACUCCUGCUCUGAUUGUGGCAAACAGUUCUCAAGAAGGAGCCGUCUUCAGAACCACAAAACAAUUCACACUGGAGAGAAGCCGUAUUCUUGUGCUGAAUGUGGCAAACAGUUUUCAGCAGUCAGUAGUCUUCAGAACCACAAAAGAACACACACUGGAGAGAAGCCAUAUUGCUGUUCUGAGUGUGGACAACGAUUCACACGAAUCGCCAGUCUUCACACCCACACAAGACUUCACUCCGGAGAGAAGCCAUAUAGCUGUUCCGAAUGUGGCAAGCAUUUUUCUCAAAGAAGCAACCUUCAGGACCACAAAAGAAUCCAUACAGGAGAGAAGCCAUAUUGCUGUUCUGAAUGUGGAAAGCAGUUUUUGCAAAGGAGCAGUCUCCAGAAGCACAAAAGAGUUCAUACGGGAGAAAGGCCAUACUGCUGUUCUGUAUGUGGCAAACAAUUUUCACACAAGUGCAAUCUUCAGAGCCAUGAAAGAAUACACACUGGAGAGAAGCCAUAUCGCUGCUCCGAAUGUGGCAAACAAUUUUCAGUGAAGAGAAGUCUUAUGGAACACACAAGAAUCCAUACUGGAGAGAAGCCAUUUGGUUGUUCGGAAUGUGGCAAACAGUUUUCACAAAGGAGCAAUCUUCAGGCUCACAAACGAAUUCACAGUGGAUCCACCAUAAUGAACAGACAAGACCACACGAGCGUACCAUAAGCAAGCAAGAAAAUGAGAGGACUGUGGACACGGUAAAGAGGAGCUCAUCUCUGCUUCUUUUAUGCAACAAAUCAAGUAGAAAAUAUCACAGGAGGUCUCAUGCAAAACUUGAAUCUAGAAAAGUAAUCCCUGCGAACAAAUUAAGCAAGAUAAGUGAAGCAGAUCUAAGAGCUGUAAUUAUAAUAAUUUAAAGAAAGAAAGCAAGUGCUUCAAGAGGGAUUUCAAUACCUACAACAAACAACAAGAGGAGAAAUACAGGAAAAAAGAGCAGACAGUGAAAUAUUUGGAAGCAAACUCAGGAAUAUUGGCAGAAAUACAAUAAAUGCAACCAGAAAAGCCAUCACCCAGAAGAGGAAUGUUCUCAACUAACAAUAAAGAGAAAAGUAAUAGAGAAGAUAAAGUGAGGGAUUAGGGGUACAGCAGACUGAAAGUCUGAUGGGAUGAGGGACUUUUAAAACUUCAUUUUUUAUAGAAGAAUUAAGUGGGUAGGACUGAUGAGCUUUGUUGGGCUGAAUGGCCAGUUCUUAUCUAAUUUUUCUAAAGUUGUAAUGUUCUCAAACCAUUUUAUAAUCCUGUGUGUGCAGGUGCACUAAACGAUCGACGAGCGAUUAAACUCCACAUACUAGGGACAGGGCACAUAACUAAAUAUAUGAAUAUAACCAAGAACAGAGAGAGCAAGGUCUUAAUUUUUUGACGUGAAGAAAAAAAAUUAUUAAAAACCAGCGGGAUGAAGCCUGAUCAUUACAUUUAAUGCCUGUUCUUGUCUAGAUUAUUCUAAAAAAAAAAAUCAAAAGAUCGCUCAAAUGAUUCAUGAAGAACAGCCAGAAUUAUGAAAAUCAGUAAGAAAA